ACGCUGUCCCGCGAGCGGAGCACAGACACGCACCGGCCGGCCUCUCUUCCGCACAAAGACUGCGCGGCUGGGGGUGACCCUGCGGGCAGCGCAUGUGGGAGCCCCGCGGCUCACAGCCAGGUACUCCAUGCAGCCGGUUCAUUCAAGGAUCUAGGUCCUUCCCAACUCCGGAAAGAAGAGAAUUCCUUCAGGAAUAUCAGGAUCACACUCAUCUGGAUUCUCCUCUGUGCUUCCACAUCUGCACUUCUGCCUGAGACCGAGACACCCUAGGAGUGAGAGCGCAGAAACGCCCCAGCCAGACCCACCUCCGCCAUGGAGGCCGUGACCCGGCUGUUGGCGGGCAUCCUCCUAGCCUCGCUCACCCUCACUACCGAAGGUGGGGUCCUCAAGAAAGUCAUCCGGCACAAGCGACAGAGCGGGGUCAAUGUCACUCUGCCGGAGGACCAGCAGCCGGUGGUGUUUAACCACAUCUACAACAUCAAGCUGCCCAUCGGGUCCCAGUGCUCCGUGGAUCUGGAAUCAGCCAGUGGGGAGAAGGACCUGGCACCGCCAUCAGAGCCCAGCGAGAGCUUCCAGGAGCACACGGGCGACGGGGAAAACCAGAUCGUCUUCACACACCGCAUCAACAUCCCCCGCCGGGCCUGUGGUUGCGCUGCAGCUCCUGACAUCAAGGAGCUCCUGAGCAGACUGGAGGAUCUGGAGAAUCUGGUGUCUUCCCUGCGGGAGCAGUGCACCACAGGAGCCGGCUGUUGUCUCCAGCCCGCCGAAGGCCGCCUGGACACCAGGCCCUUCUGCAGCGGUCGUGGGAACUUCAGCGCGGAAGGAUGCGGCUGUGUGUGCGAACCCGGCUGGAAAGGCCCCAACUGCUCGGAGCCCGAAUGUCCUGGCAGCUGUCACCUGCGAGGCCAGUGCCUGGAUGGGCAGUGUGUCUGCGACGAGGGCUUCACGGGGCAGGACUGCGGCCAGCUGGCCUGCCCCGGCGACUGCAACGACCAGGGCAAGUGCGUGAGCGGGGUCUGUGUGUGUUUCGAAGGCUACACGGGGGCCGACUGCAGCCGGGAGGUGUGCCCGGCGGCUUGCAGCGAGGAGCACGGUAGGUGUGUGGACGGCCGCUGCGUGUGCCAGGACGGCUUCGCGGGCGAGGACUGCGCCGAGCCGCUGUGCCUCAACAACUGCCACGGCCGCGGGCGGUGCGUGGAGAACGAGUGUGUGUGCGAUGCAGGCUUCACGGGCGACGACUGUGGCGAGCUCAUCUGCCCCAACGACUGCUUCGACCGCGGCCGCUGCGUCAACGGCACCUGCUACUGCGAGCAGGGCUUCACGGGCGAAGACUGCGGCGAGCUCAGCUGCCCGAACGCCUGCUCCGGCCACGGCCGCUGCCAGCAGGGCCAGUGCGUGUGCGAGCCGGCCUUCGCUGGGCCCGACUGCAGCGAGAAGAGGUGUCCCGCCGACUGCCACCAGCACGGCCGCUGCGUGGACGGGCGGUGUGAGUGCGACGCCGGCUUCGCGGGAGCCGACUGCGGCGAGCUCCAGUGUCCCAGCGGCUGCAGCGGCCACGGCCGCUGUGUCAACGGGCAGUGCGUGUGCGACGGGGGCCACACCGGAGAGGACUGCGGCCAGCUGCGGUGCCCCAACGACUGUCACAGCCGGGGCCGCUGCAUCCAGGGCCAGUGCGAGUGCGAGCCGGGCUUCCAGGGCUACGACUGCAGUGACAUGAGCUGCCCCAGCGACUGCCACCAGCACGGCCGCUGCGUGAACGGCAUGUGCGUCUGUGACGACGGCUACACCGGGGAGGACUGCCGAGACCUGCGCUGCCCCGGGGACUGCAGCAGCCGCGGCCGCUGCGUGGGCGGCCGGUGCGAGUGUGAGCACGGCUUCACCGGCCCCGACUGCGCGGAACUCGCGUGCCCCGGCGACUGCCACGGUCAAGGCCGCUGUGUGAACGGGCAGUGCGUGUGCCACGAGGGCUUCAUGGGCGCCGCGUGCAAGGAGCGGAGAUGUCCCGGCAACUGUCACGGCCGGGGCCGCUGCGAGGACGGGCAGUGCAUCUGCCAGGAGGGCUUCGCGGGCCCCGACUGCGGGCGGCGCUCCUGCCUCAACGACUGCAGUGGCUGGGGCCAGUGCGUGGAGGGCCGCUGCAUCUGCAGCGAGGGCCACGCCGGGGACGACUGCUCGGAGGUGUCCCCUCCCAAAGACCUCAUCGUGACAGAAGUGACGGAAGAGACCGUAAACCUGGCCUGGGACAACGAGAUGCGGGUCACAGAGUACCUGGUCAUGUACACACCCACCCACGAGCACGGCCUGGAAAUGCAGUUCCGCGUGCCUGGGGACCAGACGUCCACCACCAUCCGGGAGCUGGAGCCUGGUGUGGAGUACUUUAUCCGUGUCUUUGCCAUCCUGGAAAACAAGAAGAGCAUUCCCGUCAGCGCCAGGGUGGCCACGUACUUACCUGCACCUGAAGGCCUAAAGUUCAAGUCCAUCAAGGAGACAUCUGUGGAAGUGGAGUGGGAUCCUCUGGACAUCGCUUUUGAAACAUGGGAGAUCAUCUUCCGGAAUAUGAAUAAAGAGGAUGAGGGAGAGAUCACCAAAAGCCUGAGGAGGCCAGAGACCACAUACCGGCAGACUGGCCUUGCUCCUGGGCAAGAAUAUGAGAUCUCGCUGCACAUUGUGAAAAACAAUACCCGCGGCCCGGGCCUGAAGAGGGUGACCACCACCCGCUUGGACGCCCCCAGCCAGAUCGAGGUGAAAGAUGUCACGGACACCACGGCCCUGAUCACUUGGUUCAAGCCCCUGGCCGAGAUUGAUGGCAUUGAGCUCUCCUAUGGAAUCAAAGACGUGCCCGGCGACCGCACCACCAUCGAUCUCACACAUGAUGAGAACCAGUACUCCAUUGGGAACCUGAAGCCGGACACCGAGUAUGAGGUGUCCCUCAUCUCCCGCAGGGGUGACAUGUCCAGCAACCCAGCCAAGGAGACCUUCACAACGGGCCUGGAUGCUCCUAGGAAUCUCCGUCGCAUCUCCCAGACAGACAACAGCAUCACCCUGGAAUGGAAGAACGGCAAGGCGGCCGUUGACAGUUACAGAAUUAAGUAUGCACCCAUCUCUGGAGGUGACCAUGCCGAGGUCGAAGUCCCAAGGAGCCAGCAAGCCACCACCAAAACCACACUCACAGGUCUGAGGCCAGGAACUGAAUAUGGGAUUGGAGUGUCUGCUGUAAAGGCAGACAAGGAGAGCGAUCCAGCCACCAUCAACGCGGCCACAGACAUGGACACACCCAAGGACCUGCGGGUUUCUGAAACCACGGAGACCAACCUGACCCUGCUCUGGAGGAGGCCUUUGGCCAAGUUUGACCAUUACCGCCUCAACUACAGCCUGCCCUCGGGCCAGCCAGUGGAGGUGAAACUUCCGAGAGACACCACCUCCUAUGUCUUGAGAGGCCUGGAACCCGGGAAGGAAUACAGCAUCCUCCUCACCGCGGAGAAGGGAAGGCACAAGAGCAAACCCGCACGAGUAAAGGCAUCCACAGGCCAUGCCCCUGAACUGGAAAACCUCACCGUGGCCGAGGCUGGCUGGGAUGGCCUCAAACUCAACUGGACCGCAGCUGACCAGGCCUAUGAGCACUUUGUCAUUCAGGUGCAGGAGGCCCACAGGAUGGAGGCAGCUCAGAACCUCACGGUUCCCGGCAGCCUGCGGGCUGUGGACGUCCCGGGCCUCAAGGCGGCCACCCCUUAUAGAGUCACCAUCUAUGGGGUGAUCCGGGGCUAUAGGACACCGGUGCUCUCCGCCGAGGCCUCCACAGGGGAAGCUCCCAGUUUGGGAGAGGUCACGGUGUCCGAGGUGGGCUGGGACGCCCUCAGACUCAACUGGACUGCUCCGGAAGGAGCCUACGAACAGUUUUUCAUUCAGGUGCAGGGGACUGACAUGGUAGAGGCAGCCCAGAACCUCACAGUCCCAGGAGGACUGAGGUCCGUGGACCUGCCUGGGCUCAAAGCAGCCACCCAUUAUAGCGUCACCAUCCGUGGGGUCACGCAGGACUUCAGCGCGACUCCUCUCUCUGUUGAAGUCUUGACAGAGGAGGUUCCGGAUCUGGGAAACCUCACAGUGACUGCGGUCCACUGGGAUGGCCUCAGUCUGGACUGGACUGCCCCCGAUGGGAUCUAUGAGCAGUUUAUCAUUGAGAUCCAGGAGGCAGACCAGGCCAAGGGAGCUCACAGUCUCACGGUUCCUGGCAGCCUGCGCUCUGUGGACAUCCCAGGCCUCAGGGCCGGAACUCCUUACACGGCCACCCUGCACGGCCAGGUCAGAGGCCGCAGCACUCCACCCCUUGUUGUGGAGGCCGUCACAGAGGAGCUCCCCCAGCUGGGGGACUUAACCGUGACCGAGGCUGGCUGGGAUGGCCUCAAACUCAACUGGACCACAACUGACCAGGCCUAUGAGCGCUUUGUCAUUCAGGUGCAGGAGGCCAACUGGGUGGAGGCAGCUCAGAACCUCACGGUUCCCGGCAGCCUGCGGGCUGUGGACGUCCCGGGCCUCAAGGCUGCCACCCCUUAUAGAGUCACCAUAUACGGGGUGAUCCGGGGCUAUAGGACACCGGUGCUCUCCGCUGAGGCCUCCACAGCCACAGGACCUGAAAUUGGAAACUUAACUGUUUCUGACAUAACUCCUGAGAGCUUCAAUCUCUCCUGGACAGCCACCGAUGGGGCCUUCGAGACCUUUACCAUUGAAAUUGUUGAUUCCAAUAGGUUCUUGGAGACGAUGGAAUAUAAUAUCUCUGGUGCUGAACGAACUGCCCACAUCUCAGGGCUACACCCUAAUAAUCAUUUUGUUAUCUACCUCUCGGGACUUGCUCCCAGCAUCCGGACCCAAGUCAUCAGUGCCACGGCCACCACAGAAGCCGAGCCAGAGGUGGACAACCUUCUGGUUUCAGAUGCCACCCCAGAUGGUUUCCGUCUGUCCUGGACAGCUGAUGAAGGGGUCUUCGACAAUUUUGUUCUCAAAAUCAGAGAUACCAAAAAGCAGUCUGAGCCACUGGAAAUAACCCUCCUUGCCCCCGAACGAACCAGGGACAUAACUGGUCUCAGAGAGGCCACUGAGUAUGAAAUUGAACUCUAUGGAAUAAGCAGUGGAAGGCGAUCCCAACCAGUCCGAGCCCUAGCAACCACAGCCAUGGGCUCUCCAAAGGAGAUCAGUUUCUCAGACAUCACUGAAGAUUCGGCCACUGUCAGCUGGAUGGCGCCCUCUGCCCAGGUGGAGAGCUUCCGGAUUACCUACGUGCCCAUUGCAGGAGGAACACCGUCAGUGGUAACUGUGGAUGGAACCAAGACUCAGUCCAGGCUGGUGAGGCUCUUACCUGGAGCAGAGUACCUUGUCAACGUCAUCGCCAUGAAGGGCUUCGAGGAAAGCGAACCAGUCUCAGGCUCAUUCAGCACAGCUCUGGAUGGCCCAUCUGGCCUGGUGACAGCCAACAUCAGCGACACAGAAGCCUUGGCCAUGUGGCAGCCAGCCAUUGCCCCCGUGGAUAGUUAUGUCAUCUCCUACACAGGGGAGAAAGUGCCAGGAAUUACACGCACAGUGUCCGGGAACACGGUGGAAUAUGCUCUGACCAACCUCGAGCCUGCCACGGAGUACACACUGAGGAUCUUUGCAGAGAAAGGACCCCAGAAGAGCUCAGUCAUCACUACCAAGUUCACAACAGACCUUGAUUCUCCAAGAGACUUGACUGCUACUGAGGUUCAGUCAGAAACUGCCCUCCUCACCUGGAGACCCCCCCGGGCAUCUGUCACCGGCUACCUAUUGGUGUAUGAAUCCAUCGAUGGUACAGUCAAGGAAGUCAUUCUGGGUCCAGAAACCACCUCCUAUAGCCUGGCGGAGCUGAGCCCCUCCACCCACUACACGGCCAAGAUCCAGGCAUUGAAUGGGCCCCUGAGGAGCAAGCUGGUCCAGACAGUCUUUACCACAAUUGGACUCCUGUACCCAUUCCCCAGGGACUGCUCCCAAGCAAUGCUGAAUGGAGACACAGCCUCUGGCCUCUACACCAUUUACCUGAAUGGUGAUAAGACCCAGGCUCUGGAAGUCUUCUGCGACAUGACCUCUGAUGGGGGUGGAUGGAUCGUGUUCCUGAGACGCAAGAAUGGACGUGAGGAUUUCUAUCGCAACUGGAAAGCCUAUGCUGCUGGGUUUGGGGACCGCAGAGAAGAAUUCUGGCUUGGGCUGGACAACCUGCACAAAAUCACAGCGCAAGGGCAGUACGAGCUCCGGGUGGACCUGCGUGACCACGGGAAGACCGCGUAUGCCGUCUACGACAAGUUCAGCGUGGGGGACGCCAAGACCCGCUACAAGCUGAAGGUGGAGGGUUACAGCGGGACCGCAGGUGACUCCAUGGCUUACCACAAUGGCAGAUCCUUCUCCACCUUCGAUAAGGACACGGACUCAGCCAUCACCAACUGCGCCCUGUCCUACAAGGGGGCUUUCUGGUACAAGAACUGUCACCGUGUCAACCUGAUGGGGAGGUAUGGGGACAACAACCACAGUCAGGGCGUUAACUGGUUCCAUUGGAAGGGCCACGAAUAUUCCAUCCAGUUUGCUGAGAUGAAGUUGAGACCCAGCAACUUCCGAAAUCUCGAAGGCAGGCGCAAGCGAGCAUAAAUCCAGGAACGACUAACUGGGUGGGAGAGGAGUAGGGCCCAGAGGAAGAAGCAAAUUUUACCAAAGUCUCAGUACAAACCCAUCCAACCAUCAAGCCACACCCGGGCAUUUGGCAGGAGCUAAAGCUGACCGUGGAUCAUCAGGCCGAUGGCAGGAGCGCUGGCCCCACCUACUCUGCGAGUACUUCCUUCGCACCAAAGACAACAGUCUCCACAGGUGUCUGCUUGUUGUUUGAAUCAGCACACAUCUUCCAGUGAUGGUGUCACGGUGGUUGUCCUUCUCUUGGGUGGCUCUGGGAAUGGGAGAGGGGUAGGCUGUACAGUGGUAGUUUGUGUUAGAACCAGCUGUAUUUUACACAAAGCUGUAUAAGUAUCAUUAUUUUUGUUUGCAAUGAUUCGGUGUGCGUCAUGGGAUGCCGUCCCCCGCCCCUUUUUUUUUACAUUUCAUGCAACAAAAACCAGAAAAGCAAUACUGUUUCGAUUUUAAGGAUACAAUUAAUAUUAUUAAUAUAAUAAUAAUGACAAUGAAAACUAAGAAUUUUUAAAGAGAUCUUCCUUUCCGAAACACAUCUGGACAGUACCUGAUUGUAUGUUUUGUUUUGUUUUUUUUUAAUAAAAGCACAA